AGAUUGAGGAACAAAUUCAAAUUCUUCUCCUCCAAUGAAGAACUUUCGUUGCUAAGAUUAUUAAUUCUAUGUUCUAAGCGUCGUCAUAUAUGACCCUCUAAGUCUUGGUGUACUUUUAGACCAUUGGAUAUAAAUUCAACUUCUAUUUUUCAUCUGUCACCUCAACCACCAAAAAUGGAGCCAUCUCAAGGAGAGAGGAAUUUAGAGAACAAUGGGAGGGGGAAGGGAGAGCCUAGGUACCGCGGAAUUCGCCGACGGCCUUGGGGUAAGUUUGCAGCGGAGAUACGUGACCCUACAAGGCAAGGGGCACGGUUGUGGCUAGGGACAUUCGACACGGCUGAGCAGGCGGCGCGCGCCUAUGACCGGGCUGCUUUUUCUUUCCGGGGUCACUUGGCCAUCCUCAACUUCCCAAAUGAAUACCAACAUCACAAUUCAGGCUUCUCUACUCCGGGUUCUUCUUCUUCUUCCAUAGGGAAUAGCAGAGGGAACCCCUCGAGACGGAGCGAAGGGGAAGUUAUAGAAUUUGAGUACUUGGAUAAUAAGUUGUUGGAAGAUCUUCUCGAAACACAGCAGGAUAGGAAAGACCACUAGAACAAGAUGAAAAUGAUGCAAGUUUCUUCUAUUUGGAAAAUUAUGUUGAAAUAUUCGAUAUGUAUUUCUAUUUUUUUAUUAUUACUUAGUGUAUUUAAAUUUGCAACGUUUCAGAAUCUCAAUUUGCGAUUUAGGCUCUGCUUACUCAUGCAAGAGUCAACUAGAAGCCUUGAAAUUGGUCAAUAAGUACACUAAUAUGAG